AUGGCCUUUGUAGCUUCCCUGGCCAAGCUCCAAGCAGAGGCCAGCUGUCCCAUCUGCCUGGAUUACCUGAGAGACCCAGUGACCAUUGCCUGUGGGCACAACUUCUGUUCCUCCUGCAUCCACCAGCGCUGGGAAGGUCUUCUAGGGUGGGAAGGUCUACAGGGCACCUUUCCCUGUCCUGUCUGCCUCCACCACUGCCCUGACAAGAGCUUGGAGAGGAACACCCAAUUAUGUCACAUGACUGAGAUUGUUCAGCAGAUCCCCACCUCCGGGAGCCAGAGGAAAAUGCAGGAAGAAAUACCCCUGUGUGCGAAGCACCACGAGGUCCUGACCCUGUUCUGUGAGAAAAGCCUGGAGUUGUUGUGUCCCCAGUGCAAGGGCCCCUUAGACCCCCCGGAUCAGCGCCUGAUCCCCAUUGAGGAAGCAGCAGCUAGUCAGAGAGGGAUGCUCAAAAGGCACAUUGGGGUCCUCACGAACAGCCUUGAAAGUGAUGAAGCUGUAUAUAAAAAACAAGUUGCAAAUACUUGGGAAGUAAAGAGAAAGAUGGAAAAAUGGAGGGAGGAAUUGAACUAUGAAUGUAAAGAACUUAAGUUUUUAUUGGAAAGAGAGAGAGAUGAAAUUGAUAACGAUUUGCCUAUAGAAGAAAAUGAUGUUGAAGAAAAACUAAUUGAAAAUGGAAAGCAAAUUUCAUACCAUAUGUUCAGGCUAAACAUUCUUUUAAGUGAAAUAGAAAAGAAGUGUUUGCAGACAGGCCUGGGUUUACUCACAGGCAUUGAAAGCAUCCACAACAGCUAUGGAAACAUAGAGCCCCCAGCAGUGUUUUCAUAUGAAUUAAAGAGGAGUUGCUGUCUCCCCCCACACUACUUGGGCCUGCAUAAAAUGAUCCGCACGUUUCAGGUAGAUUUGACACUGGAUCCUGAAACUGCCCAUCCAAGUCUCAUUAUCUCAAGAGAUAGAAAAAGUGUGACCUUUUGGAGACCAGAUGGCCUUCCUAAUCCCCAGGCACACUCUUCUUACCCAGCUGUCCUGAGUUCUAAGGGCUUUGAUGCUGGCAGGCAUUUUUGGCAGGUAGAAAUAGGAGGCACAGGUGAUUGUUUCUUAGGUCUGUGUAAAGAAUCUAUCCUCAGAAAUACUCUCAGAUCACCAUCCCCAAGCAAUGGAUGCUGGCAAUAUCAGCAGAAGACUAAUGUACUCCACAUUUUUUGUGCAGAGCAACAUAGGAUUGGCGUUUUUCUGGACUAUGAGUUGGGAGAGGUUUCAUUAUAUAAUUUGAAUAGCAGGUCAUUCUUGGAUGGAUUCCGUGAUACCUUUACAGAGAAACUUAGGCCUUAUUUCUCCAUUGGACCUUCUUCAGAAUCCCUUACAAUCAGAGUGAAGUGA